AAGUUUUGUCCUUGUAAUCCAAUUUAUUUUCCCCACGAAAAAGAAAAACUUCAAACCUUUUCGAAAGACGAGGUAUAUAAAUAUUAAUAACCAAGAAAAGUAGAAUUUACAAUCUCCAAGUCCUUUCUACUGCAACAGAAAGUGUUUGAAUCGUUUGAAACGUUGAAUCGUUAGCUUUUUUAACGCUUAAUUCGAACGCCCGUUCAGGAAUUCGGCAGAAGGAAGAAAUUUUCCUCCUCGCGAUGAAACGCCGCACGACGAAAUACCCUGGUCUUUAAUCGGGCCUCGGAAACGUUUCGUGCCAAGAAACGCAUACGUCGAAUGCAUCUCCAACGGCGAUGGUUCACAAUACGUAUUGGCGUGAAAACAACGGGCGAUAUUUUCGUGCGCCGCGAUUAUCUAAAAAUCGUGGGGAUCGUCUAUGAAGAAGAGGAAGAAAAAAAUUGCGUCGCAAAAUUUCUAGAAACGUGUCGAAAAUAUCUAGGAAGAAGAAAAAGGAGGAGGAAGAGCAGGAGAAGGAUGGAGAAAAUAAUUUUCUCGAUCUUCGACACGUGGACGGAAUUAAUUAAGUUGAGAAUCGAAUGGGCGAAUACCGAAAAUAACGCUCGAGAAUUUGCUGAAAUAUUUAUAAAGUAGCCGCGAUGCGUAGUUUCGAUACACGAUUCGUUACGCGGCAACAAAUUUCCGAUGCACGCUCGAAACUAUUACGCGUUCUCUCCCCCAGCUCAAUUGUAUCGAUCGAUCGGACCGUCAUCAGCCUCGAUCGAUUAAUCACAUUCGUUAAUUACGUUUAUGGAUUACCCUGGUUAUUGGAAAUACGAAACAUUUCGCUCGAUCUCAACCCGUUGCUCUCUUUAUUCGAAAAAAUGUGGAGGAAAGAUGGAAGGUUUCUUAUCGAUCGAAAAUUUCUCGUGAAAGGAGAAUGAAAGAGAAUUUUGAACGUAGGUGAAAAUCUUGAUAAAUCGAAGCCAUAUUAACGAAACUAAUUAUCUUGGGGAAUAAGAAAAUCAGAAGAGAUUGAAAGUUUUUUCUUCGAAGAAGACGCCUCUCUCUCGCAAUAAGGAAGGAGGGGAGAUAAAACGGGGCGAGACCCAUUUUGGCGUGGAAAGAGGCGCAGGAUUCACGAAAUAUUAUUCGGAUGCCAGCUACGUGAAUCAGACAACGCGAGUUGCGUUCGGCUCCAUUUUAUUUGCGCAACGAUAUUUCCGCUCUUCUUUUCGUGAAAGACGGCUCGCACAAUUUUCCUCCUUCACCCCUCUUUCCCACCCUCGAAAAUGCUCCUCGUCCGUUUCGAGUUCUUAAUUGAUCGAACGAAAUCGAAGGGUGAAAUCGUAAAAACGGAGAGAAAUUUCCGAAAGAUGGAAACUAUCCUCGUAACGAGAAUAAAUGACUCGUUACCCUCGCGAUGCGAAUCCAAGUUCAAUGGUGGAACGAAAGCGGGCAACACACAGCUGUUGUCCCUCGCCGCCUCGCCGGAUCAACAUCCGGCCGAGUGAACGGGGGCUCCUCACUAAAAAUACCGAUCAAUAACUGAUCCGGCCCGAUAGAGGAAGAUGGGGAAAGAGGAAGAAGAGAGUGGAGGAGAGCGGAAAAAGAGCGGAGACGGGAUCCGGAUCGACUCCGAAAUAAAAGCGAGCGGGGACCGGCGACAGGGCGUCAUAAAUCAAGCAGCGCCGGUUCGACAAGGUUCUGGGCGGCUCGAUCGCCUCGCCGUGAGCGUCGCGACGCGUAAUGCUCGGCCCGUAAUGCUAUUUCAACGUGAAAAAUAGUGGGGCGUCUCUCUAUUUCGGUCGGCCGAGCCAGGGCCGUUUAGUCUACGGCCUGGCUUCCACGCCAGGAGGCCGCUGUCGUCCGAAAUUUUUCCACUUUUCAUCGAAAAUUCGGAAUAUCCGCGGAACAGGAGGGGAGGAGGGUGGGCGCGUCGCGAGGGCAAACACGUUUUGGAAGAUUUUCGAAGGAAGAUUGAGAAGAGUGGAGAAAAUUGAGGGGCGUGAAAGUCGUUUUGGAGAAAAGUUUGGAUAGGGGUGGAUUGGAUCUCGAGGGGAGAUGUUCUGGUCGGAGACCACGGACGAGGAGGAGGAGGCGCUGUUGUGCAGCCCGGCUCUCAUGGCGAGGAGAGCCUCGGAGUCAUGGAUCGUCGCGCCUCCUGUGGAGGCGAUGCCCGCGGCGGCAGUUUCCCUUCAACGAAAGAAAUCACUGCCGGAUGUGGCUCAACCUAUACAGUUGACGGCCACGGCACCGCUAUCCAGGGAGGAAGUCAGCGUCCUGAGCAGCAUGAGGAGGGAGGAGAUCCGCAGGCAGAUCGACGAGAGCGAAAGACUCAGGGCCAAUCCCCUGUUGUACUUGGUCAGUCCUCAAGUUAAAGACUGGUUCUUCCGGCAGCAGCUCGUGAUGCUGGUGCUGUUCAUCAACAUAUCCUUAGCCCUGAUGUUCUUCAAACUGCUGACGUAGCAGCCAGCCGACGAUUGGGUUCACGGGCUCGUGGUGGACGUGACCUGAGGCCCGGCCGCGUCACGACUCCCCGAGCCGUCACCGAAUACCAGGAUUUCAAACGAUUUAUUAAAAAGAGAGGCCGCCGCGAUCGAGUGGCCUCUGGAUAAAAAUCACGAAUAAAAAAAACCGUUGAAAACGGCUUUCGAGCGAUCCAACUCCGUUCCACGGUGGCAAGGUUGGAUGAGAGAGAGAGAAUCGAAUUUGGAGAAGUUGAGGAAGAACGUUUUUUUUUUCUUCUCUCGAGAAUCUUCGCGUUGAACGAUUCGAAUGAAGAGGAUCGGACGAUACAGGGACGAGUGUUUAUUAUUCUCCGCGGAUAUUCAAUAUACGAUUUUUGGAUUUUACAUUUCCGACUCGCGAAAGGGAGGAAAAUUUAGAGUUUAGAGGAUGAGAAGCGUAAGCGACGAAGGGGAGAGGAAGGCUCGUUGUUUCUCAGACGGGGUAUCAAAGUCGCCUAGGUACCCUGGCGCCUGUAUCAUACAUAUUUUUACACCGAAUAUUUUAAUAAUAAUAAUAUUAAUAUUUGUAAGGGAUGGCCGUUUCCCGAAGAGGAAACAGGUCCGUGCCCUGAAAGAAGGAACACGGUGCGCACACACGAAUCUCUCUACACUUUUCCCGUUCUUUCUCGGCGAUCGGCUCGAGCGCGGACACCUGAACGACUUUUAUACAAAACGAGAAUCUAUAUAUAUACAUAUAUAGCAGCUAGAUUAACAAACCAUUAUUUUGUCCGGAAUGGUGGUUUCUCGAAAAUGGUGGCCGAGGAUAUUUUUCAAACUCGAUUAUUUUGCCGCUCGGUCGAGAAAUUAUCGACCGAGAUAGAUUCGUAGAUGCGAGAAAAAAAGGAAAGAUGCGAUGGAAUGGAUUUAGGAUUUCUAUAUAUACAAUUGUUACGAUUUCUACGAAUUUGAUAAAGGGCGAAUGGCGAAUUUGUUGAAUGGCGUUGUUGUUAACGCACAACGUGUGUUUAAAAAAAAGAAAAAAAGAAAACCUCAUGUCUCUUAUUAUCGACUGUGUCGUCGACGCGUAAAUCGUAUGGAUGUUGUGCGAUAUAAUCGUAGCUCGUAAUCGUGUGUGAAAUAUACCGCUUCGCGCGCGAAGCAAUUAUAUAUUUUACUGUGUAAGCCUUCCGCGUGAAAUUGUAAAUAAGACACGGUUUCCUCCAGAUUUUUAUAUACACGUUUUGGAGUGCGCGUUUGUCGAAAAUCGUUGGUCGUAAACCAACGUAUUUGUUACUCGAUACACCGCGGAAUUGUGAUGAUGAGGGGGGGAAAAAAUAAAGAGAGAAAAAAAUAUAUAUAUACAUAUAUCAACUUUGUAUCGCGACAACGGAUAUAUUUCUUACGAAACGUUGUUUAAACGACGUUAUAGGAUAAUUAGGGUGUCGUUUAAGAGGGAGAAGGAAAGAGUGUUACUCUCGUUUAUCGCGAGACGCUUGAUAAAUCAUAAAAUUUAUUUAUCAACUUGGAUGGAGAGAAACUUUUUCGAUAAUUCGAUCUCUUUCCACGGUUCAAAAGUUACACGCCGUAUAUAUACACCACGUUAAUAUAUACAUGCAUACUAAUAUACGUAAUUGUCUCGAAUCGCGCGAUAUUUCGCGAUUAAUGCAUAAUUCAUCGAUCAAGAGACGUUUGUAUAUCGUCGAUAUAUAAUCGCGCCAAUUUGGUCGUUGGACAAAAUACGAAAUUUUUACAAAGAAAGAUUGUUUGUAUACAUUUUUGCGCUUCUGGGAUCCUCUUUGAUAAAACGAAACAAAAGAGAGAAAAAAAAAGAUAAAAUUGUCUUUAACGCGACGUAAUAAUAAUUAAUAAUAAUAAUCGAGUACGUUGAUAUUUUUCACGGUGACGAUGACACGCCAACGUCGAUCAUUUACAAAUCUCGAGGAUCGUAUCUACCCUGCGCUCGAGCGAUCGCGUUUUUUCUAGCCUCGGGCAACGUAGCUUGUACAUCUAGAUGAAUUUGUAAAUAAAUAAAAAGAAAAAAGAGGAAGAAGGAAAGAGCAUUGUAUAGAUAUAUAUAUCGUCGGUUGAAUGAAAACAGUCUAGAAGAGAGAAAAAGAAAAAAAAUCCUCUUGACCCCCUUCGAUGCGUUGCAGUCAGGAAAGGGCGAUCGACACACACACACGCCGUUUCGAAGAGCUAUUUUUCCAAAGAAGAAAAAAGACUCGAUAUUUUCAUCCUACUAUUAAUACAUACACGUGUAUAUUUUCCUCUUUGUACCUACUACACGCUGGCACUCUCAUCUCGAGAUAACUUACUUGGCGCGCAGACGAUUAGGAAGAAAAAAGAGAAAAAAAAAAGAAACGCCCGCGUUUCGAAAUUUUUGUGCGAAAGAUUUACUUACUUUAUACAUCGAUGCCCGUCUUGCGCCACCUUUUGUCCCGUCUCCAACGAAAAUUCGAAAAUUGUUGUUCAUGAAAGAAUUGUUAGAAAAAGGAUUUUGGAGACGAGAAUAGAGGGUGGCGGGGGAGUAUCUUAGAAACGGAAAUUUAAAUGGAAUUAUUUAUACGAAUUAUGAACGGAUCGAACGUGUUUUUUUUGUUACGAAGAUCGUUCGUAUAAAUAAAUAAAAUUGUAUUUGUAACGGUUGAUUUGUGCUCGCCGUCGCGAAAAUAUAUAUUGUAUAUAUAUAUAUAGUACAACUAUAUUCUUAUAUAUAUAUAUAUAUGUAUGUAUAUAUAUAUAUAUAUGAAUUAGUACCGCAGAGAACAGCUCUAAAAUUUGAUAAACGAAUUUUUAGAGAGAGAGAGAGAGAGAGAGAGAAUGAGAGAGAAUGCGUGUGAGUGAGAAAAUGAACGUGAAGAAUUUAGAAGAGAAUUGAGAAGAGACGAGGAUAAUCUGUAGAAGAGGCGAGAACCUAACCUCUAACCGCGCGUUAAUCAUUUUAAUCAUUCUACGCCGCGAGAAUCAUAUCACGAAUCAAAGGCAAAAGCAGCAAAACAUUUCUAAUAAUGAUCGAAUAGGGAUUAGUAUGUAUGUAUCAUUCUGGGAAAUCGAAAAGCGGAUAUUGAUUUUUGAUUGCCACGCGAGAAGAGGGAAUCUACGAAAACGACCAUGUAUUGUAUAUUUUACUUGUUAUCUCUUGACUAUUAUCGACACAGUUUAGCAUAUCUCGUUAUUAUUGUAUAUUAUCAUUAUUAUUAUUAUUAUUAUUAUUAUUAUCGCUAUUAUUAAUUGUCAUUAAUUAUUAUUAUUAUUAUUAUUAUUAUUAUUAUUAUUAUUAUUAUUAUUAUUACUAUUAUUAUCGCCAUCAUGAUCACCAUCCUACGGAAAACUGCAUUAAAAUGAUUAGAAACGAGCCACGGACGUGAGAGGAAUUUUGGUACCUUACGCGAUGUUUAAAAAAAAAGAAAAAAAAAAAGAAAAAAGAAAAAGAAAGGAAUAUUAAUUAAUAAAUAAAAAAAAAAAAGGAGAAAAAGCAACAACUCAAGGGCCCACUGUCAUUGUUGAUUUGCGAGAAAGCAGUGAUUCAAUAAACUUGUAUCAUAAACUGA